AUAGCUGACCAGCUACCUGCCUUCUACACUUGAACCUUGGCCUCUGCUGGUCUGGUUCUGUUCAUGUAACAUAGUGCAAAGCUCCACUUGAUCAAACUCCCGCCGCUUCCAUCGUUGGUUAACUAUUCCCACUAAACUACUACACUGCAACUACAUUCUCAGCAGGGCUUCUGUCCAUUGAAGCCCAAGGCCGCACUCAGGCUCACGACAUUCCUUAUCGGGUCUUCUUUGACUUCAAUGUUUCGUCGUCGUAUUGGAUCUUGUACUCGUCACAAUUGACGUAUCUCUUACUUUUACUUUCGCCGUAAAACCAUGAGCGGCCCUCAACGCGAUGCCCCGCCGUUGAGCGCCAACAUUCCCGAUGCCACCACGACCACGACGGUUCUGCCUACGACAAACGGCUCUGCCAAAGGCGACGACGUUCCCGAUGCCGGACUGAGAAGUCUCGAUCACUACAAGCGCGCCCUGCCGAAAUGGCGUUACAAUCUACGCCAACAGAUGCUGCCUCUGAUCCGCUGGGAGACACCCUACCUUGCGUGGAUGCAAGAGAAGUUACGGACUCCAGCUCUCGAUAGCUACUUCGCCAUUACUGCCAACCUCGGAACCCAUACCUUCUUCAUGAUCGGAUUACCCAUCUGCUUCUGGUGUGGUUAUGCAGCAUUUGGCAAGGGACUUGUGCAUAUUCUUGCGCUCGGUGUCUUCUGGACAGGCUUUAUCAAGGACUUCUACUCUCUCCCGCGACCACUUUCGCCUCCUUUGCACCGAAUCACAAUGUCUGGUUCUGCAGCCCUCGAAUAUGGGUUCCCUUCGACCCAUAGCGCCAAUGCCGUAUCUGUCGCUGUCUAUGCGCUUCUGAUACUACGCAGUCCCGAUAAUACGCUAGCUCCAACCACCAAGUUCGCACUCGAAUGUCUCUCAUACUUCUACGCUGCUUCGAUCAUAUUUGGGCGCUUAUACUGUGGCAUGCAUGGCUUCCUCGACGUAAUUGUAGGGUCUAUCAUGGGUGCCGCUAUUUCUCUGCUCGAAUUCUACUACGGACCUCCCCUGGAUGAAUAUAUGCACUCCAGCUCUUGGGCUGCGCCUCUCGUAGCUGCCUUGAUUAUCCUUGUACUGGUGCGCAUUCAUCCUGAGCCGGCAGACGAUUGUCCAUGUUACGAUGACAGUGUUGCCUUUGCUGGUGUUGUCAUUGGUCUCGAGUUUGGCACUUGGACGUACGGCAAGAUUGCGUUGGAUCCUUGGGAGACUCAUGCGCAUGGUGGAGGAUCGGUGGAUAUUACGCACUUGGGAUUGGCUGCCAACGUGGCUAGGAUCGUCUUCGGCGUUCUUGUCGUCUUUGCGUGGCGCGAGACGAUGAAGCCUCUACUGCUUAAGCUUUUGCCUCAUUUAUUCCGAAUAUUUGAACAGGUUGGCGUGAACAUGCCUCGACGAUUCUUCACGCCUGCUAGUAAGUACAAGACUGUACCAACAGGCUCUCGUAUCGAUACUCUUUUCCCUUCGCCCUCCGACUUCCCACGCAUGGUCGAGAGUAUCCGAAACCCUACCACCCGAGGUCGCUCUGUGUCGAUUGGUCCUCAGAGUGCCGCAGAUGCAUACGAGACCUUGGCGUAUAGAGAGCGCAAGCGACGCGAGAGUGUCAGCAGUAACCAUAGCUUGAAGAGCAAGUCAAGCAACCUGGAGCUCCAGACCACGCAUGAGGACUAUUCUGGCAAGGGAGCUCAGGCGUCUGGUGCACAGGCAAACCGAAUCGUCGAGUUCGAGCAGAUGAUGGGAACCGGCGAGGUUGUGACAACACCGGCCGCCGAUGAUGAUCGGGUCGAGAUCUUUGUUACGGGCACCGAGGACGGAUUGGGAGAGCGGGAGAUGUUCUCGCAAUUAAUCAAACCUCGUGUGCGAUACGACGUCGAGGUCGUAACUAAGCUCGUGGUUUACACUGGCAUUGCUUGGUUUGCGGUGGCUAUUAUCCCCAUAAUGUUUGAGAUUGUGGGCUUGGGGACGAAUCAGUUACGUGAAUGAUGAGUGAUGAGAUGAAAUGAGACAAGAGAGGUCACCGCCUUGUAUUAUUUUCUAGUGGCCUCCAGGAUACAAUUAGAUACUCUUCUUUUUAAUGACCAUAUAGGGUGAUGAAUGAUGGGCGCUGGAAUGGUUUAUUGGUUAUGUCACCUUCGGGUUUCUCUGGGUGAUAUAUCUCUAGACAACUUUAGAGUUGCAAUUGAUACUGAGUUGUAUUCA